CGUUUUAGAUGGUUGAUUAUUGAUAUAGUUAAUAUAUGAACAGUUAACCUCGGUUAAACUAGCGCCUAUCAUGUGGAGGCAGUAAUAUCAGCCCUUGUAUAUGCCGGUACCGUGCUGGCCGUGUGCUAUGUCGGUCGCGUGCUAUGUCAGUGCCCAUCCUAUACGUACCUUUUUGUUGCAGCGAGUUUCUCAUUCAAUAAAUUUUGAAAAUCCUAUAUUUCCUCUCUCUUUUUGAAUUACCAUUUCCUCAAUUGUAAAGAUGGCUAGUUCCACAGACUCUCGCAAAUCGGUGCUUAUCACCGGGUGCUCCCCUGGAGGAAUUGGCCACUCUUUGAGUCAUACCUUUCAUAAACGGGGCCUACGCGUUUUCGCGACAGCAAGAGAUCGGUCCAAAAUCGCUGAUCUUGAAGCUGUUGGAAUCGAGACUCUAGAUCUCGUGGUUGAUGAUUUGCAGAGCGUGCAAGCCUGUUUUACAGAAAUCGAGUCACGAGUAGGCUCAAAGGGGUUGGAUUAUUUGGUUAAUAAUGCUGGACGAAAUUACACUGUUCCAGCUAUGGAGGUCGAUCUCCAAGAAGCACGAGCAGUCUUCGAGACCAACUUCUUUGCUGUGAUUACAAUGUGCCAAAAAUUCCUACCCUUGCUUAUGAAAGCAAAGGGGACGGUCGUGCAGAUUGGCUCUGUAUCAGGAAUAGUCCCAUAUGUUUUUGGCUCGGUGUAUAAUGCCUCCAAAGCAGCUCUCCAUUCAUUCAGCGACACCCUGAGAAUUGAGCUUGAACCAUUCGACGUGAAAGUGAUCGUUGUUGUUACUGGAGGCGUCCAAUCUCAGAUUGCCCGUGAGGAUCGCCAACUUCUCCCCAACUCAAUCUACCAGCCCAUCAUGAACGAGUACCAUCGUCGCGUCAAGCACAGCCAAGAAGGGGCCAUGAACAGUGAUGCCUAUGCUCGGAGCGUAGUGUCACAGGUCCUAGGAAGCACAUCCUCGACUUCUCGGUGGUACCGGAAUUGGAUAUGGGAGGGGAACCGCACGCGCAUGAUUAAGUUUUUGGCAGGUGGGUGGCUGUGGUUUGGGUUCUAUGGAUGGUUUUUCCGGCGCAUGUUCAAUCUGAAUAAGCUCAGAGCAAAGAAAUGAGUCGAUGCUCUUUUUGAAUGUAUGUAGCUGUCGAGCUUAUUGAUUGAAUAUUUUAGAUCUGCAUCCUGUACUUUGAUUGUGAGAAAAAUGAAUUCCAGCUGUUGUUUGGCAAUGUCACUAUAUUAAACGGAAAGAUAUAUGGCGCUAUCUUAUCGGCAACUGCCCCGCCACGCCUUC